GCGCCAGACGCCGCGGCUUCCAGUUCGCGAGAGCAGCUGCGGCGGCGCGAGUCUCUCACGCCGACACUCCCCCUGCGCGCCCCUCCCCCACCCGGGACCGGGAUUGGGACCGACUGGGCGCGAGCUCGCGGCCGCUCCUCCGGCGCCGAGCGGGGAGCGAGGCUGCAGUGACGAGCGGCGGCUGCGCGGCCAUGGGCGCGCCGGUGUCGCCCUAGGACAGGCGCGCGGGGACCGCAGGCGUAGCGGCGAGUCUUUCCGAGAGGCGGCGGCGGCAGGAGCAGCGCGGCCGGGAUGAGCGGGAGCGGCGCGGCGCCCGGCCCGGGCUCGGGCUCCUCCCCGGCCGCCUGCCGCUUCGCGCACUACUUCGUGCUGUGCGGGAUCGACGCAGACAGCGGGCUGGAGCCCGACGAGCUGGCGGUUUUGUACCAAUGGCUAGAAGCAGAUCGUCAUGGCAAGAGCCAAGAUGCUGCAAAUACAACUUCAGGUGAAAAUUUUGACCAGAGUCCUUUGAGAAGAACAUUCAAAUCCAAAGUGCUGGCCCACUAUCCUGAGAAUAUAGAAUGGAACCCUUUUGAUCAAGAUGCAGUGAACAUGUUGUGCAUGCCUAAAGGGCUAUCUUUCAGAACUCAGACGGACAAUAAAGACCCUCAGUUCCACUCAUUUAUAAUUACCCGGGAAGAUGGCUCUCGUACCUAUGGUUUUGUUCUGACUUUUUACGAAGAAGUUACCAGUAAGCAGAUCUGCACAGCCAUGCAGACGCUCUACCAGAUGCACAAUGCCGAGCAUUACAGCAGUGUGUACGCUUCGUCCUCCUGCAGCAUGGAUUCGCUGGCCAGCAGUAUUGAUGAGGGAGACACCACUUCCCUUUUAAAACUCCAGCGGUACAACUCUUACGACAUCAGCAGAGACACGCUGUAUGUUUCAAAAAGUAUAUGCUUGAUCACACCACUGCCUUUCAUGCAGGCCUGCAAGAAGUUCCUCAUCCAGCUUUAUAAAGCAGUAACCUCCCAGCAGCCGCCGCCCUUGCCACUUGAGAGCUACAUCCAUAACAUUCUCUACGAGGUACCCCUUCCACCUCCAGGGAGAUCACUGAAAUUUUAUGGUGUUUAUGAACCUGUCAUCUGCCAGAGACCUGGACCCAGUGAACUCCCCCUUUCUGAUUACCCUCUUCGAGAGGCCUUCGAGCUUCUGGGAUUGGAGAACCUGGUGCAGGUGUUUACCUGUGUUCUUUUAGAGAUGCAGAUCCUUCUUUACUCACAAGAUUAUCAACGCUUGAUGACUGUGGCGGAAGGCAUCACCACACUUUUGUUCCCAUUUCAGUGGCAGCAUGUUUAUGUGCCCAUCCUCCCUGCUUCUCUGCUACAUUUUCUUGAUGCUCCUGUCCCUUAUCUGAUGGGCCUUCAGUCAAAAGAAGGAACUGACCGUUCUAAACUAGAACUUCCUCAAGAGGCUAAUUUGUGUUUUGUGGAUAUUGACAACCAUUUUAUUGAACUGCCUGAAGAAUUUCCACAAUUCCCCAAUAAGAUGGAUUUUAUCCAGGAACUCUCUGAAGUGCUUCUUCAAUUUGGGAUCCCUCCUGAGGGUAGCCUCCAUUGCAGUGAGAGUGCCACAAAACUGAAGAAUCUGGUUCUGAAAGACUUGGUUAAUGACAAGAAGAAUGGUAACGUCUCCACUAACAACAUCAGCAUGUAUGAGUUACUGAAGGGCAAUGAAACCAUAGCCCGCCUCCAAGCUCUGGCCAAGCGGACCGGUGUGACUGUGGAAAAAAUGGACCUCUCUGCCACACUGAAUGAAAAAGAAAAGGAUUUAAAACUGCAGUGUGAAGAGGCAGAACUAAGGGACUAUCAGCUCAACGUGCAGCUCCGUGAGGUCUUUGCUAACCGCUUUACACAGAUGUUUGCAGAUUAUGAAGCGUUUGUGAUUCAGACUGCCCAGGACAUGGAAUCCUGGCUGACCAACCGAGAACAAAUGCAGAACUUUGACAAAGCUUCCUUUCUCUCUGACCAGCCUGAGCCUUACCUGCCAUUUCUUUCACGCUUCAUUGAAACACAGAUGUUUGCCACCUUUAUUGAUAAUAAAAUUAUGUCUCAGUGGGAAGAGAAGGAUUCAUUGCUUCGGGUCUUUGACUCUCGGAUUGAGAAGAUGAGACUGUAUAAUGUAAGGGCGCCCACCUUGAGGACAUCUAUUUAUCAGAAAUGCAGCACUUUAAAAGAAGCAGGUGAACUGUUUAGGCAGAGGCUAUCUGCUGUUGAUACUGUGGCACCAGAACAUCAUGAUUUCUGUGCAGAAAGACAAGUUGAUACCCAAUCAAUUGAGCAGCGACUAAUGAAAAUGGAUCACACUGCAAUCCACCCACAUCUGCUUGAUAUGAAAAUUGGUCAAGGCAAAUAUGAGCAAGGGUUCUUUCCAAAGUUACAGUCUGAUGUCUUGGCAACAGGACCAACUAAUAACAAUCGCUGGGUAAGUCGGAGUGCCACUGCACAGCGCAGGAAAGACCGCCUUCGCCAACACUCAGAGCACAUUGGAUUGGACAACGACCUGCGGGAGAAGUAUAUGCAAGAGGCACGAAGCUUAGGAAAAAACCUGAGGCAACCCAAAUUGUCAGACCUCUCUCCUGCAGUGAUUGCACAAACCAACUGCAAAUUUGUAGAAGGCUUAUUAAAAGAAUGUAGAAUGAAGACAAAGCGCAUGUUGGUGGAGAAGAUGGGACACGAAGCAGUGGAACUGGGCCAUGGAGAAGCAAACAUAACCGGCUUGGAAGAGAACACCUUGAUCGCCAGCCUCUGUGACCUACUGGAAAGGAUAUGGAGCCACGGCUUGCAGAUCAAGCAGGGGAAGUCAGCUUUGUGGUCACAUUUAAUUCAGUUUCAGGACAGAGAAGAGAAGCAAGAACACCUUGCAGAAUCUCCAGUUGCCCUUGGACCAGAAAGAAGAAAAUCUGACUCAGGAGUUAUGUUGCCAACACUCAGGGUCUCUCUUAUCCAAGACAUGAGGCAUAUUCAGAACAUGAGUGAGAUCAAGACAGACGUCGGACGAGCUCGGGCAUGGAUAAGACUAUCUCUAGAAAAGAAGCUCUUGUCCCAGCAUCUAAAGCAGUUGCUCUCCAACCAGCCACUCACCAAGAAGCUUUAUAAGCGUUAUGCUUUUCUACGCUGUGAAGAAGAAAGAGAGCAGUUUCUUUACCAUCUUCUUUCCCUCAAUGCAGUUGACUACUUCUGCUUCACCAGCGUGUUCACCACUAUCAUGAUUCCAUAUAGGUCCGUGAUCAUCCCCAUCAAAAAGCUGAGCAAUGCGAUCAUCACAUCGAACCCUUGGAUCUGUGUAUCAGGAGAGCUAGGAGACACGGGAGUAAUGCAGAUUCCCAAAAACCUCCUUGAAAUGACUUUUGAGUGCCAGAACUUGGGGAAGCUGACCACUGUUCAGAUUGGUCACGAUAACUCAGGACUGUUAGCCAAAUGGCUAGUGGAUUGUGUCAUGGUCAGAAAUGAGAUCACAGGACAUACAUACAGGUUCCCAUGUGGGCGGUGGUUGGGGAAAGGCAUUGAUGAUGGAAGCCUGGAGAGAAUCCUUAUUGGGGAAUUGAUGACCUCGGUGGCAGAUGAGGAUCUGGUAAAGCAGUGUCGGACUCCACCCCAGCAGAAAUCGCCCACCUCGGCUCGGAGACUGAGCAUCACUUCACUGACAGGAAAAACCACCAAACCCAGUGCUGGACAGAUCCAAGAAGGAAUUGGAGAAGCUGUGAAUAAUAUUGUGAAACAUUUUCACAAACCUGAAAAAGAGAGAGGAAGCCUCACAGUGUUGCUGUGUGGAGAAAAUGGACUGGUUGUGGCACUUGAACAAGUCUUCCAUCAUGGAUUCAAAUCUGCUCGCAUCUUCCACAAGAAUGUCUUCAUCUGGGACUUCAUAGAGAAAGCAGUUGCUUAUUUUGAAAGCACUGACCAGAUUCUAGACAAUGAAGAUGAUGUCCUUAUUCAGAAAUCAUCGUGCAAAACCUUUUGCCACUAUGUAAAUGCUAUUAAUACUGCACCCAGGAACAUUGGGAAGGACGGCAAAUUCCAGAUUUUAGUUUGCCUUGGAACACGGGAUCGCCUGCUCCCACAGUGGAUCCCACUCUUAGCUGAGUGUCCUGCUAUUACCCGAAUGUAUGAGGAGAGCGCCCUCCUGCGCGACCGCAUGACUGUCAACUCUCUCAUCCGCAUUCUGCAGACCAUUCAGGACUUCACCAUAGUCUUGGAAGGAUCGCUCAUCAAAGGAGUGGAUGUGUAACCCACGUGACUAGAAACUCUCAGUCCAGACCCCUUGUUCCCGAACCUUCCCCAGCUAUGGGGACUGAUUUGGACUUGUCUGACAAGGUAGUGAGUCACUGCAGGGGCAACACACUGUAUUCCCCAAUUUGAACAAUCCUCACACUACAGACAAGGGAAAAUGCUGUAUUGUAGUUCAUUUGAACCUGGAAUUUAGUAUAAAAUAGAGUAUUUUCAUGUGUUAGAUGUGUGUAAAUAUGCUAUCUUCUUUAAGAAAUUAUAUUACUCUAAUAAGAUACUUUUCUUAGAUUAAAUAUUCCUGUGAUUUAAAAUAAGUUGCUUAACCGCAUUGGGAGUUGGGGAGGGGAAGAGUGGUGCUAGCCAGGAAGAAGCCAGUAAACAUGUAAUUACAGUG